AUGGAGAUCCAAGCACGACUGCUACUUGUGGCCGUUUUCGGCAUUGUGAUAGCGAUAGGUUUCGCCAAUGCCGUGCAAGGAGAGACAGCAACGCCGGUUGUUGUCGGCUUGGCCAAGUGCUCCGAUUGCGCCAGGAGGAACAUGAACGCUGAGGCAGCUUUCAAAGGUCUUCAGGUGGCCGUGAAGUGCAGGAACAGCAAGGGCGAGUACGAGAGCACGGCCGUGGGACAGGUGGGCAAGUCCGGCGCCUUCAGCGUCCCGCUGGCGGCUGACGUCGUUGGCGAGGACGGGGAGCUCAAGUCCGAAUGCUUCGCGCAGCUCCACAGCGCGUCGAGUGCGCCGUGCCCCGGGCAGGAGCCGUCCAAGAUCGUCGCGGUCGCGGCGCCACCCGGUGGCCACGACGGCACCGAGAAGACGUUCGUUGCGCUCGGCGGCAAGGUCUACCGCUCGUCGCCCGAGUGCGCUUCGGCUUUCCUUUGCCACCCUUUCUUCCACAGCGUUAUGCACCAUCACCAUCACGUAGGAAUCCACACGCCUGUGGUUAUCCCUCACCUGCCUGAUCACGGCCACGGCCAUUCCAUUCCGCCUGUCACCGAUAAGCCGCCGGCGGUAGGCGUUCCUGAGCACAAACCGGCGCCGGUGCCCGUGCCGGAGCACAAGCCUCCGUCGACGCCCACCGCGCCGUCGACGCCGCCGGUGUAUUCGCCGCCGAAGCCAACCCCAAUCUACCACCCGCCGGCGCAGCGCGACGCUGUCACUGGCCCGUAG